AUGUCAGUCUUGGUUAAUGGGUCACCAUCCAAGCCGUUCAAUAUGGAGAGGGGCCUAAGACAAGGAGAUCUACUUUCUCCUCUUCUGUUUGUGCUUGUGGUCGAUGUGUUGCAUAGGAUGUUGGGGGAAGCCGUAAGGCAUGGGCGUAUUGCUUCGUUACUGGUAGGGAGAGAUCAUAUUGAGCUGUCACAUCUCCGAUUUGUGGAUGAUACUAUCUUGUUUUGCCCUCCGGAAACAGAGACAAUUGUGAACUACAAGAGGUUGUUGCGUUGUUUUGAGCUUAUGUCGGGUCUGAGCAUCAACUUUGAGAAGUCGAAUCUGAUAUUAGUUAAUUGUGAACAGGAGUGGGUGGAUCAUGUGUGUGGGUUACUGGAGUGCAAGCAAGCUGUUUUACCUGUUAGAUAG